CCACAUGACCGUUAUUCCAGUUAGCAGCAUUUUUGCCAUGUUGUGUUUCCUCUCUUUCAAAGAAACGCGGCUCUUACUAGCACUACUUGUGUUCCUAUUAUAUAUAUGUAUAAAAUAAAAUUAAAAAAAAAACUAACCUAAAUUCCAUAUUGCAAAGAAACCCAAACUUGUUCUGUAAACCCUAAUUUUCUUUACCCAUUUGCCUGUAUAUUGUGUAAUACGCACUAAAAUCCAACUUAUAAGUUGGAUUUUCUUCCUUUUGAGAUUGCCUUGAUCUUAAUCACUCCCAAAAUUCUCAUAAUAUCUUCAUUUAUUAUCCUUUUUUUUGCUUGGAUUCUGAAGUUUAAUUUUACAGGUGGAGGAAGAGAUGGAGAUAAAGAAAGUAGGUGAAGAAGUUGAAGGAAAGAUGAUAAAGAGUGUGAAGAAUGAAUUUGGUGAUGGGGUUGCAUGGUACAGAGGAGCAAUGGUAGGUAAAGGAAGUUUUGGGUGUGUUUAUUUGGCUACUUUGAAGAACCCAAAAUUGAAUUGCAGCUACUUUCCAUCAGUUAUGGCUGUUAAAUCUGCUGAGGUCUCUGUUUCGGGUUCAAUUCAGAAGGAAAGAGAAGUUCACAACAAUAUCAAGGGUUGUCCUUACAUAAUUCGAUGUUUCGGGGACGAGACUACUACGGGUCAGAAUGGAGCUAUGAUUUACAAUUUGUUGUUGGAGUAUGGCUCUGGUGGAACCCUAGCUGAGAGGAUUAAGAAUUCAGGAUUGACUGAAUUUGAGGUAAGGAAUCAUACGAGAUCUAUGCUUAGAGGGUUGCUUUGUAUUCAUACGAUUGGUUAUGUUCAUUGCGAUAUGAAGCCUGAUAAUGUAUUGCUUGUGCCGAAUUCUAGUGAGGGGAGUACUGAAUUUAAGGUUAAGAUUGGUGAUUUAGGGUUAGCUAAGAGAGAAAAUCAGAGCAAGAAGAGGAGGUUGGAGCCUUACUGGAGGGGUACUCCCAUGUAUUUGUCACCUGAAGCUGUUGCGGAUAAUGUGCAAGAGUGUCCUGCUGAUAUUUGGGCUUUAGGGUGUAUUGUGCUUGAGAUGUUAACUGGAAAACCUCCAUGGGAUAGGGAAGAUGAUAUGGAUGCCGAGGAUGUCCUUAGGAAGAUCGGGGGAGGACACGAAUUGCCUAAAAUUCCUGGAAACUUAUCGAAGGAGGCAAAAGAUUUCUUGAAGGGUUGUUUCGUUAGGAACCCUAGGUAUAGAUGGACUGCCGAGAUGCUGCUGAAUCAUUCAUUUGUUGACGGAUUAACUGAUGAUGAAGGAGUUGAACAACCACUGGAGGUUGAGGAUAUAAAUGUAGUUGAUUCUAUUCUCUUGGUUACUGAAAGUGAUGAUGAAUUCGCCUAUUAUUCAGAAGAUUGGAGCGGUGCCUCUGAAGAUGAUUCCCUUGGUUACUGGUCUGAGGGAGAUUAUGAGGAUGGAAUGACAUCUUAUUUUGAUGAAGAAGGGAUAUUUAAAGUAGAAAAAAGUAUAACUGUUAUAAGCUCCACUAUUGAUGGUGGUUCUGAUCAUAUAAUUGAUCCAUCAGUUGAGGUCCCUUCUGGGAGUCCAUCAAACAAUUCGCCGAAAUGUCCAUUAAGUAUUACCAUUCCCGCAGGAGUCUAGCAAUAGUUGGCAGGAUGGGGAUUUAAGCAUUGAAUUAUACAUUAUAUUCGUUGAUUCGUUACUAGAUGUAGCGACAUAGUCUGUAUGCAGUUCAAAUUGGUUGAGAUUAAAUGAUAAGAUCUGUUAUUCUUUUUAAUGUGUUGCUUCCAAGGCUUUACCUUUACAUUUUGCUGUUGCGGAAUCCUAACUGUCUACAUUUGUGUUUGUUGCUCCAUGUUUCUUUCAUUCUUUUGGAACAGGUUGAACUUUCACCACUUUGGAUAGAUGUUUUUGAAGUUGGAUGAUCUAUUAAACCUUUUUGCAGUGUUAAGCUAGACUGCCCUUACAUUUCUGAAUUAGAGGAUUUGUGUAUGCAUAAGAAUUUAUCUCUUAGCUUAAUCAGUCAAGGAUUAUUUUUUAAUAAACUAAGCUUUCUAGAUUGGUCGGUAUAUGAUGUAUUUAACAAGAAGCAGGAAACAUGUCAGCUCUGUUCGUCAUUGGAACAUGACUUAACUUACCAUGUGACUUCAAUAGUAUUGUUAGGAUGUUGGAAAUCUUGAAACAACUGUUGUCUUCUUCAUCACUGUCUUCUGAUCAAGGAAUAAAAGUGAAUUUUUCUUUACACUCACUUCCCUAUUCCUGCCUAUCUGAGGUCAGUAAGUAAAUCCUCUUACCAUGUCAAGUUUUAGUUAAACUUUUGAGUGUAUUCAUUUCUGGAUCGGAUCUUUUGUUUUAUAUUUUUUUUGGCUAAUUGGUACGUCAAAUUCAUACUUCCAUUCUUACUUGGGAAUGUGAGAUUUCAGGUCGGAAAAAGAGGAUGUAUAGCUGAAGUUGCUUGGAAGCCUGAAAAUGAAGAGCGGUUUAUGAAGUCAAUGCUGAUGAAAAGAUAUAACAUCACUUUUAAGGUAUGGUAUAUAUUAACAUUUGAGUGAAGAAAGUGCAGGCAUUGCCAGUUGAUGUUUGUUUCAUAUUCAAAACAGAGUUGUCAAAUUCUUUUCUACAUUAUUCAUGUAAAUCCUUAUUUUUUCAUGUUUUAGUCACUGGCGAUUGAUAAAACAAUGAUUUAAAAAGUGUAGGCCAGUUUUCUUGUCAGUUCAACUCGGUAUUAGAAUGAAUCUAGAUUGACUUAAA